AUGCCUUUCAACACCGAGUUAACGAGGAGAUUGCGGAUUGAGGUCCCUGUCGUGCAGGGUGGUAUGCAAUGGGUUGGAUACGCAGAGCUUGCUGCCGCGGUUAGCAAUGCAGGUGGUCUGGGAAUCCUCACUGCCCUCACGCAACCCACCCCCGAAGACCUCCGCAAGGAAAUCCGCAGAUGCCGUGCUAUGACCAAGAAGCCCUUCGGCGUGAACCUCACCUUCCUCCCCUCCCUCGUGCCCCCAGACUACGCCGCCUACGCCCAGGUGAUCAUCGACGAGGGUAUCAAGAUUGUCGAGACGGCGGGGAAUAAUCCCGGGCCCGUGAUCGCCCAGCUGAAGGAAGUCAACACCAUCAUCCUGCACAAGUGCACAACCAUCCGUCACGCCAAGUCUGCCAUCAAGCUGGGUGUAGACUUCCUCUCCAUUGACGGCUUCGAGUGCGCGGGUCACGUCGGCGAAUCCGACAUCACCAACUUCAUUCUCCUCAGCCGAGCGCGCCAGGAGCUCAAGGUUCCCUUCAUUGCGUCUGGCGGUUUCGCGGACGGACAGGGUCUCGCCGCGGCGCUGGCGCUCGGGGCGGAGGGUAUCAACAUGGGUACUCGGUUCAUGUGCACUGUUGAAGCGCCGAUUCACCAGAAGGUGAAGGAGGCCAUUGUGGCGUCGGAUGAACACAACACCAGUCUUGUCAUGAGACGGUGGAAGAACACCACCCGUCUGUUCAGGAACAAGGUGACGGAGGAGGCGAUCAAGGUUGAGAGGGAGAGCAAGACGGGCGAGUUCAGCGAGAUGGCGCCCUUCGUCAGCGGCAAGAGAGGCCGCGAGGUGUUCCUGAACGGGGACAUUGACUACGGUGUGUGGACCGCCGGCCAGGUCAUUGGUCUGAUCCAUGACAUCCCAACCUGCGCAGAUCUCCUGCAGCGUAUCCAGACGGAGGCUCUCCAGGCCCUGGACCGCGCCAGAUCGUUUCAUACGGCAACCGCAGGGCAAAGCAAGCUGUAA